CAUAACGUUCUGUCCAAUCGUAGCCUUUUUCAAUUGGAACGGAACUUACGGAAGCCAUGAUGGAAGUUCGCGAGUGCAGCCUGGGGCUGGGAGAAACGAGUCAGUACUGGGAAAGGGACGUUUCAGGGAAGGACGGCAGGCGUGCUAGAAAAUAAAAUCGAACACAUUUGUAGUCUUUGAACUGGACGCUGUCAAUUUUCCCUCAAAAAAAAUUGUCGGAUGACUGAUUCUUUUUUGUUUUGUUUAAGAAUUGACAUGCUAUGCGCUAGCCAUAUCUAGCUACGUGUGUGCUGAGAUCGAGUGUGUCAGUCACUUUUCUGGGCAAGGAACAUCGGGGAGAUUUCUCUCCGCUUUUCUGGCAUAAUCACGGCGCUUUUGGCGAAAUCAGAUACUUGGUAUUCUCUUGAAAUACAACGCUCCGAGGGCUGGAUAAUUAAUCACCUAUUCAUCUGGGGGAUUUUAUGUGAAAUUGUGGGACCUGUGAAGCCGGGCCUGUGGUGGAACGGAGUGAGGCCCUCCUUUAUGACCUAUCGGCAGCAGAAACUAUUCUAGCUAGCUAGCACGGCUAGCUUAGCUAGCUGUCAACGUUUGACACCAACGGGAUUGAGAGGGAGAAAAAUAUUGGCAACAUUUCAUACAAAGGCAACGAUACUUUCUCUUAAUUUAAAAACGUUAAAGACUCCUGCCACAGAUAUGGCUGCAAUCAUAAAGGAAAUUGUCAGCCGAAACAAAAGGAGAUACCAGGAAGAUGGGUUUGACUUGGACUUGACUUAUAUUUAUCCAAACAUAAUUGCUAUGGGCUUUCCUGCUGAAAGACUUGAGGGUGUCUACAGAAACAACAUCGAUGACGUAGUACGGUUUCUGGACUCUAAACACAAAAAUCAUUACAAGAUAUAUAAUCUGUGCAAUGAGCGACAUUAUGACGCAACCAAAUUCAAUUGCAGAGUUGCACAAUAUCCGUUUGAGGAUCACAAUCCGCCCCAGCUGGAGCUGAUCAAACCGUUCUGCGAAGAUCUUGACCUUUGGUUAAGUGAAGACGACAAUCAUGUGGCGGCGAUUCACUGUAAAGCUGGAAAGGGACGUACGGGUGUCAUGAUCUGUGCUUACCUGUUACACCGGGGCAAGUUCCUCAAAGCACAAGAAGCUCUCGACUUCUACGGCGAAGUCAGGACCAGAGAUAAGAAGGGUGUAACAAUCCCCAGUCAGAGGCGGUAUGUCUACUACUACAGCCACCUUCUGAAGAACCAGCUGGAGUACAAACCAGUGGCUCUGCUGUUCCACAAGAUGGUGUUCGAGACGGUGCCCAUGUUCAGUGGCGGAACGUGUAGGGACACCUCCGUUAAAAACAAGAGUGAGCAGAUUCCACAUGGUUUCAGAAAAGGGAAUUGGCACUGGGAUCCUCAGUUUGUGGUGUACCAGGUCAAGGUAAAGAUCCACACGUCCAACCCGGUGAACACACGGCGGGAGGAGAAGUACGUGUUCUUCGAGUUCCCCCAACCGCUGCCUGUGUGUGGAGACAUCAAGGUGGAGUUCUUCCACAAACAGAACAAAAUGAUGAAGAAGGACAAGAUGUUUCACUUCUGGGUGAACACCUUCUUCAUCCCUGGACCAGACGAGAAGGUGGAGAACGGGACGUUACCGAAGGAGCAGGAAGGAAUCCAAACCACAGGAGGAACGGGAGACAACGACAACGACAAGGAAUGUCUGAUCCUCUCACUGACGAAGAAUGACCUGGACAAGGCCAACAAGGAUAAAGCAAACAGAUACUUCUCCCCCAACUUCAAGGUCAGUCAGGUGAAGCUGUACUUUACCAAGACUGUGGAGGACCCCUUCAACUCCGAGGCCAGCACUUCCACCUCGGUAACGCCAGACGUUAGUGACAACGAGCCUGACCAUUACCGAUACUCUGACACCACAGACUCUGACCCAGAGAAUGAACCGUUCGACGAGGAGCAACUCACACAAAUAACAAAAGUGUGAGCGAUUUCUAUGGGAAGUGAAAAAGAAAAAA